AUGGAGCGGUUAGGAGAGAAAGCCAGCCGCUUGUUUGAGAAGUUAAGACUCUCGGACUCGGGCAGCGCUAAGUUCGGCCGCAGAAAGGGUGAAUCUAGCCGGUCCGAUGGGACCCCUGGGCCGGGCAAAGGGCGCCUGAGUGGGUCGGGGGGACCUAGAAAACCAGGGCCCCGUGGAGCUGCCGGGGGACCUGGGGAUGAGCCGCUGGAGCCCGCCCGGGAGCAAGGACCCCUGGACGCUGAGCGGAAUCCGCGCGGCUCCUUUGAGGCGCAGCGCUACGAGGGCUCCUUUCCCGGGGGGCCGACUCCCACCCGGGUCUUGCAGCUACCUCAGUCCUUGAACCCAGACUUUCGGCUGGAGACCACGGCCCCAGCCCUAAGCCCCCGCUCCAGUUUUGCCAGCAGUUCCGCCAGCGACGCGAGCAAGCCGUCCAGCCCCCGGGGCAGCCUGCUGCUGGACGGGGCGGGGGCCGGCGGGGCCGGGGGCAGCCGGCCCUGCAGCAACCGCACCAGCGGCAUCAGCAUGGGCUACGACCAGCGCCACGGCAGCCCCUUGCCCGUCGGGCCGUGCCUGUUCGGCCCCCCUCUGGUCGGGGCUCCGGCGGGCUACUCCCCCGGAGGGGUGCCGUCCACUUAUCCGGAGCUCCACGCUGCCCUGGACCGACUUUGCGCUCACCGGCCCCCAGGGUUCGGCUGCCAGGAGAGCCGCCACUCGUACCCCCCGGCCCUGGGCAGCCCCGGGUCUCUGGCCGGGUCUGGAGCGGGAGUGGCGGGGCCUUUGGAGAGACGAGGAGCGCAGCCCGGGCGGCAUUCGGUGACCGGCUACGGGGACUGCGCGGCGGCCGCCCGGUACCAGGAGGACCUCACCGCGCUGCUGCGCCUGCGGGAGGCCGGUGCCCGCGGGGACCCCUCGGGCAUGGAGCCGUCUGGUCUCGAGGAGCCCUCGGGUCCGUUCGUCCCGGAGACCGCCCGACCCCGAAUGCGGGAACCCGAGGCCAGAGAGGACUACUUCGGCACCUGUAUCAAGUGCAACAAAGGCAUCUACGGGCAAAGCAACGCCUGCCAGGCCCUGGACAGCCUCUACCACACCCAGUGCUUUGUCUGCUGCUCCUGUGGGCGAACUCUGCGCUGCAAGGCUUUCUACAGCGUCAACGGCUCCGUGUACUGUGAGGAAGAUUACCUGUUUUCAGGGUUUCAGGAGGCAGCUGAGAAGUGCUGUGUUUGUGGUCAUUUGAUUUUGGAAAAGAUCCUACAGGCAAUGGGCAAGUCCUAUCACCCGGGCUGCUUCCGAUGCAUCGUGUGCAACAAGUGCCUGGAUGGCAUCCCCUUCACAGUGGACUUCUCCAACCAGGUGUACUGCGUCACCGACUACCACAAAAAUUAUGCUCCUAAAUGUGCGGCUUGCUGCCAGCCCAUCCUCCCCUCCGAGGGCUGUGAGGACAUUGUGAGGGUGAUCUCCAUGGACCGAGAUUAUCACUUUGAGUGCUAUCACUGUGAGGACUGCCGGAUGCAGCUGAGUGAUGAGGAAGGCUGCUGCUGCUUCCCUCUGGACGGGCACCUGCUCUGCCACAGCUGUCACCUGCAGCGGCUCAAUGCUCGACAGCCCCCGGCCAACUACAUCUGA